AUGGACAAGUCCUGGGUUUGGCUUCCAAGGGCCAGCAAUGAUUAUGAAAAGGGGGCAACUGAUUUCGUGAAUAAGUCAGCGUUGAGGUUGGGUAAUCCUCUUCAAAUCUCAUGUCCCUGUGUCGACUGUCGGAACAUGUGUCACCAAAAUCUCAACACAGUCGUGGAGCAUUUAGUCAUAAGGGGGAUGGAUAAGAAGUACAAGAGGAAUGAUUGUUGGAGCGUUCAUGGAGAGAUAAGAAAGACGCAGACAGAUGAGUUUGAAAGUGUUGACCACUUAGAAGCAUACGAGUUGUUUAGAACUGCAUUCUCUGUUGCUGAAGACAAUCCACAAACCGGAGAGCAACCAGAAGUAUUUAAAGGUGAAGAAGACUCUGAGUUCAAGAAGAAAUUGCAGGAUGCAGAAACUCCACUCUACUCCAGCUGUCCCAACUACAGUAAGAUAUCUGCAAUCAUGGGAUUGUAUCACAUAAAAGUUAAGAGUGGGAUUUCAGAGAAUUAUUUUGAUCAGAUUUUGACAUUGGUACAAGACAUGCUGCCUCAAGGGAAUGUCCUUCCAAAGUCCACAGGCGACAUCAAGAAAUUUCUGAAGAUAUUUGGGUUUGGUUAUGAUGUUAUUCACGCUUGCAAGAAUGAUUGUAUUCUUUUUCGGAAGCAGUAUGAGGAUAUGGAUAGCUGCCCAAGAUGUGGUGCUUCAAGAUGGGAAGUUGAUAAGCGUACGGGGGAAAAUAAGAUUGGGAUUCCAGCAAAGGUACUACGGUAUUUUCCUAUCAAAGAAAGACUGAAGCGGAUGUUUAGAUCAAAGAGGAUGGCUAAGGAUUUGCAAUGGCAUUUCAGCAAUGGUAGUGAAGAUGAUACCAUGCGACACCCGGUGGACUCACUGACUUGGGCUCAGGUUAAUGAUAAAUGGCCAGAGUUUGCUUCUGAUCCGAGAAACCUUCGCCUUGGACUAUCUACAGAUGGUAUGAAUCCUUUUUCCAUUCAGAACACAAAGUACAGCACAUGGCCAGUCUUCUUGGUAAACUACAAUAUGCCUCCCAGUCUGUGCAUGAAGGCAGAGAACAUAAUGUUGAGUCUCCUCAUCCCUGGUCCAGCUGCACCAAGCAACAACAUCGACGUUUAUCUUGCUCCAUUGAUAGAUGAUCUGAUUGACUUGUGGAAUGAAGGUAUACAGGCAUAUGACUCAUUAUCCAAUGAGAAUUUCACACUCCGAGCUAUUCUGUUGUGGACUAUCAGCGACUAUCCAGGUUUGGGGACACUUGCUGGUUGUAAAGUGAAAGGGAAACAGGCGUGUACUGUAUGUGGAAAGGAUACACCUUUCAGGUGGUUGAAAUUUAGUCGAAAGAUGGUUUAUUUGGGCAAUAGGAGACGACUGAGGCCAGGGCACCCUUACCGACGCCGCAAAGCAUGGUUUGACAAUACUGUAGAGGAAGGGACUGCAAGCAGAAUUCAAACCGGAUCUGACAUAUUUGAGAUGCUCAAGGACUUGAAGAAUGAUUUUGGAAAACCUUUAGAGAAGAAAGGCAAGAAGAGAAAAUCUACUGUGGAUGAAGAUGAUGAGAUUGGAGGUGAAGAAUAUGAAGAAGAUACUGACCAAUGGAGGUGGAAGAAACGGUCAAUUCUAUUCGACUUACCUUACUGGAAGGAUAUGCCGGUACGUCAUAACAUUGACGUAAUGCAUGUGGAAAAGAAUGUGUCUGACGCCAUACUAUCCAUGUUGAUGCAUAGUGCAAAGUCAAAAGAUGGUGUUAAAGCUAGGCAAGAUUUAGAAGAUAUGGGGAUUCGCAGCUCCUUACACACUGAGGUACGUGGAAAAAGGACAUACCUACCUCCAGCUUCUUAUUGGUUGACGAAGGAUGAGAAGAAGAUAUUUUGCAAGAGGUUAUCUGAAUUCAGAAGACCAGAUGGCUAUUGUGCUAAUAUUGGAAAUUGUGUUUCCAUGGAUCCUCCUCAGAUUAAUGGUUUAAAGUCACAUGAUCAUCAUGUUCUUCUGCAAAACCUAUUACCUGUUGCAUUGCGAAAAUUGCUUCCUAAAGGUCCUAAGAUUGCAGUGACUAGAUUAUGCAACUUCUUCUGCAGACUGUGUCAGCGUGUGAUUGAUCCUGAAAAGCUACUGGAACUAGAGAGUGAGCUUGUUGAGACAAUGUGUCAGAUGGAGCGGUUCUUUCCCCCAUCACUCUUUGAUAUAAUGUUCCACCUCCCUAUACAUCUAGCUAGAGAGGCACGCUUGGGAGGGCCAGUACACUUUAGAUGGAUGUAUCCAUUUGAAAGGUACAUGAAAACACUUAAGUCCUACGUUAAAAAUUUUGCACGACCAGAAGCAUGUAUGGCUGAGGGUUACAUGGCAGCAGAAUGUAUUGCCUUCUGCAUGAAAUUUCUUCAAAAAUCUGUACCAGUUAAUCAACCUGCGAGUCGUAAUGAAGAUGUUGAUUUAGAUGAUGACAUCCUUGAAGGCCGUCCAAUCCAGAGAUCCAAAGAUGUUCUACUUUCUGAUAAAGAGCGAGACAUCGCACAUAGAUAUGUUCUAAUGAACACAACAGUUAUGGAGCCAUAUAUUGAUAUGCAUUUGGAAGCGUUGCAAGAGAAAGAUCCUCGUUGUCGGCAAAAUCAGACUCUGUUAUGGAAGUUACAUGUGGAACAGUUUACACAAUGGGUAAAGGAUAAGAUUUAUUCUAACCCAGAGGAGCAGUCGAAAAAGCUAAAAUGGUUAGCAUUUGGACCAAGAAAUUCAGUUGCAAGGUACAAAGGCUUAAUCAUCAAUGGACAUCGCUUUCAGAUAGAGUCGCUAAAGAGGAAGACUCAGAACAGUGGGGUAGCAUAUGAUGCUUUCAGUAUGUGUAGAUCGAGUGCAAAAGAUAGUAAACAUAUGGCAAAUAUAGUAUCCUACUACGGAGUGAUAGAAGAGAUUAUACUACUCGACUACCAUAUGUUCCACGUCCCACUCUUCAGGUGUAAGUGGGCCAACAAAGGGCAUGGUUUGAAGGUGGAAGAUGGUUUUACGGUUGUGAACUUCCACUUAAGCCAAGCAGCAUUCCAAAAAGAUCCAUACAUUCUGCCGUCACAAGCAAAGCAAGUGUUUAACACUCUCGGUGAGCAUAUUGGAGAUGGUUUUACGGUUGAAUUUAACACUCUCGGUGAGCAUAUUGGAGAUGUCUCAGUGCUACUUUCAUCCUUUCUGGGUAUUCUUGUGAGAGAGCAUGUACCAGUGUUACUCGAAGACUGGAGGCAACUCGAUGACAGAGAUACCCAAAAGAAAGAAUAA